UAGCGUAGUGGGCGCAGUGGAUCUGGGCAGGGCGGGUCUCUGAGCCGGGGGGCGGGGCGUACCCUGUAGACCCGUGGGCCACCUGGGUCGGGUCCUAGUUGGAGGUGGCCUGCGGCGCUGGCCUCAACUACCAUAGCUCUGGCGGAGUCUGCGCGAUGGGCGACCCGGAAAGGUCGGAAGCGGCCGGGCCCGAGCUGGUUGAGAGAUUAUCUCCAGAUACCAAUGAAGAUGAAGAGCCACUCCUAAGAAAGAGUUCUCGUCGAUUUGUCAUCUUUCCAAUCCAGUAUCCUGAUAUAUGGAAAAUGUAUAAACAGGCACAGGCAUCCUUCUGGACAGCAGAAGAGGUUGACUUAUCAAAGGAUCUUCCUCAUUGGAACAAGCUUAAAUCAGAUGAGAAGUAUUUUAUCUCUCACAUCUUAGCCUUUUUUGCAGCCAGUGAUGGAAUUGUGAAUGAAAAUUUGGUGGAGCGCUUCAGUCAGGAGGUGCAGGUUCCAGAGGCUCGCUGUUUCUAUGGCUUUCAAAUUCUCAUCGAGAAUGUUCACUCAGAGAUGUACAGUUUACUAAUAGACACUUACAUCAGAGAUCCCAAGAAAAGGGAAUUUUUAUUUAAUGCAAUUGAAACUAUGCCAUAUGUAAAGAAAAAAGCAGAUUGGGCUUUGCGAUGGGUAGCAGAUAGAAAAUCUACUUUUGGGGAAAGGGUGGUAGCCUUUGCUGCUGUAGAAGGCAUUUUCUUCUCUGGAUCAUUUGCUGCUAUAUUUUGGCUGAAGAAAAGAGGUCUCAUGCCUGGACUCACUUUUUCCAAUGAACUCAUCAGCAGAGAUGAAGGGCUUCACUGUGACUUUGCUUGCCUGAUAUUUCAAUAUUUAUUAAAUAAACCCUCGGAAGAAAGGGUUAGGGAAAUCAUUGUUAAUGCUGUUGAAAUUGAGCAGGAGUUUUUAACAGAAGCCUUACCAGUUGGCCUUAUUGGAAUGAAUUGUGUUUUGAUGAAGCAGUAUAUUGAGUUUGUAGCUGACAGAUUACUUGUAGAACUUGGAUUCUCAAAGGUUUAUCAGGCAGAAAAUCCCUUUGAUUUUAUGGAAAACAUUUCUUUAGAAGGGAAAACAAAUUUCUUUGAGAAACGAGUAUCAGAGUAUCAGCGUUUUGCAGUUAUGGCAGAAACCACAGAUAAUGUCUUCACCUUGGAUGCAGAUUUUUAAAACCCUCCUCAUAUGUAAACCUCUCGCUGGUAAAGUGAUUUUUUCUUUCUCUCUUUUUUUUAAGCCUGCAAAUAUCUUCUUUAGGGAACAAAAUUUUGCUAAAAAGGAAACCCCAAACCAAUUGUAGUCAAAUUGGAUUUGUUUAAAUACACUUUAAUUUUUCUGUUUAACAACCAAAGUUUGAUCUAAAUGCUUUUGUCACUAAAAUGUGAUAGUAUGUAGUGUUUAAGAACAUGGAGGAAGGGCCAGAUAUAAAUUUGAUAUGCUAUCCUUUCUACUUUUGUACACUUCUUGACACUUCAGUCUCUCUAAAGCUCAGUGUACUUAUCUUUAAAAUGAGCGUAAUUGUAGGUAGUAAGUUCAUAGAGUGUAUAUGAGGAUUAAAGUGUUAAAUAAGCACUAAGCCAAUACCACCACCACUACUAAUAUCACUACUUACUAAUAGUGCUAAUUGCAGUGAUAUGAUACAAUGCUCCUAUCUCCUCAAGUAAUUGUGACUCUACGUCCUAAGAUCUAGAUUUUUCUCUUCUGAAUGUUUGGGGAAGAACAUAUAGAUUUCCUUUAAAAAUAUAUUUCUCAUUAACACAGUCCAGCCUCUUUGGAUUUUCAGCAUGCUAUAAAAGAAAUUUAGUUUUUUAGUUGCUUAGGGCAGAAUGCUUAUGGAGAGGAAUCCAGGAAGUUGUCAUGGUAGCUGACUUAGUAGGUAAGAUGAUUCUGAUCUGUCAGAAAUUAAACAGGGUAGCCAUUACAAGACCUAGCCCAGGACACUUAAAUAGUUAUUAGCCCCUCUAGGUACUUUAUGGGGGAGGGGGAGAAGAAAUCAGAUAAGUCUGGAAAAUACUGUAUACCCUGUUCCUCUGAUAUGCACAGUUGGUAUAUCAUAGGCUGAGAAAUUUCGCAGUGUGCACACUAACUUCUCCCUGCAUAUGCCAGACCUACUUAACGCAGGUUUGAUUUCUAUCUAGUUAAUACCUCUGCUGACCAUUAUUUCUCAGAGUGGAGUUUGGAAAGGGUUGGCUUGGAACCAUUUUUACACAAACAAAAGACUGGACUAAGCAAGGGAGAGUCUGGUAAGGGUUAUUGAGCCACUUUAGAUUUGGGCCAAGCUGCAUCAUGUAACUGUGAACGACCUCAGUUGUGUUUCUUUCAUAUGUUUUUAAAAUGUGUUUAUUCUCUUCUAAGAUAGAGUUCUUUUAAUGGAACUAUGUGCACUGCAUGAUAACAGAACAUGAGGGAGAUGUCAGUCUCUGCAGAGGAGUUUAAAGAAAGGUCAGGAGCUGAGGUCUCUGAGAAGUCUGCCCCUUCUUUAUUAUUAGGAAGAGUCAAGAGGUAACCUGAGACCCAGAAAAUAAUGUGGUUCCUUACUCACAGCAAACUACUUUAUAAAAUCCUAGAAACAAAAAUUUAGAGAUUUUUCUCUUUGCAUAAAUGUUUUUUUCACUCUCAGCUGUCUAAUUGAUUACAACUGGGGGUUCUAAGUGGAUGCAAAAAGAACAGCUAUUUAUUGGAAAGAAUAUCAGAAACCUUGAGAUUUUGGGGCCUACAGUAAUGCCAUUUAUCUGUUCCAUGCUUCAGAGUUUGCCAAGGGUUUUUACAUCACCUUAUUUGCUCUCACAAUAGCUUUAAGUGCUUGACAGAACAACUCAUACUGAAAUCCUACAGAUGGAAAGAGUGAAGUUUAGAGAAGCUAAAUAACUUGGCCAAGGUCUGCUUAUAGUCACUGUAUAACUUUUCUUCUCUUUCCUAGAAGUUAUAUUUCUUAUAUUUAGUACUUUGCCAUCUGUCUUUAUUUGAUUUUGCUGAUUUCUUCAUUAAAGUAUCAUAACCUUUAAUUAAGGUAUCAUCAUAAACCUUAAAGUGUUAAUAUAUUUAGGCAAUAUAUUCAAAGGUAUUUAUCUGCUGAUGUGCAAAAACUUAACAAUUAAUAUUGAUGAUAUCCAUAAUGUCAGAAUGAAAGGAAAGAAGUUUUAUGGUGCAUGUUUCCUUUGUUUUGAACAUGAAUCUUUUUCAUAGGUAAUGACCUUCAUUGGAAGGCAAUUUAUAAUAGUAAUAGACAUAACUAUCAUAAUGAAGAAGAUUUACAGUCAAAAUACUGGAAUUUAAUACACUGGUUUAUUUUCAAUAUUUUAUAUGCCUACCCAGGCCUCUGGGUUAUAUAUUUAUUUAUUACAGUUGGUACUUUGGCUCUUAAUUCUUUGAAAUCAAGUUGUGGAAUCUUUUACACUAUUAUCUUGGCGGUAAAGAAAGGCACUUUUUAUGUUUACCAAUUUUUAAACAAAUAUAUUUGUAUCAUUGCAUAUUAUAGUUCUAUUAUAGAUGGCCUUUAUUAAAGGCGUUUAUUGUAUCUUGUAGAAUCAUUGCUUGGAAGGAAUUGGGUUGAUCCAGUGCUUUCAGACAGGGUUAUUUUGCUAUCUGAUUCUAUAUAAAAAUAGACAUUAUUUUACAAUAUAAGUUUACCCUAGUUAUGUCUUAAUAUAUGAAAUUUUUGACUCAUUUUGGAAAUCUACAUUUUUUUCUUCUUUUCACUGGUUUAUUUUUUUCUGUUCAUGAAAAAAGAGAUAUUGAGAAAAUAGCAGUUUGCAUACUUUAAAAACUUGGUUUACAUUUAAAUAUGCUAACUUUACUGUCAUAGAAUUAUAAAAUUUCAUUUGGUAUAGAUUAAACUAAGAGCCAAAUGUUACUAAUUUACAGUGACAAAGAAAACUACUGAUGCAUGAAAGCUGUGUGAAAGUCAGUUUAGUCCUCUAAUCAGGUAUUACUUUUUCAAAUUAAGUUGAGUAGGUUGGUCACCAGCUCAGGAACUCUUCCCUGGCAGAAUCUGUAUGUGUGGCAUGGAAGUGAUAUUUGUAUAUUUUUGUUUUAAAUAGUUUUCUCCUUUCUAAGCAGCUAUAGUUUUGAAGGAAAAACUUAAUAAUCCUAAGGAUAUAGACAGAAAGGAUUUAAGCCUUCAAAUUUAAAAGAAAAUACAAUGGAAGACUGGAGAAUAAUUAUUUUUUUGUUUAGAUAAAAAUAUAGCAAGUCUUUUUCUAAGUUCACAGUAUUCUUACACAUUUGACUCUUUUACAGAUAUGUUUUGA